AUGUUUCUCCAGCUCUUUUAUCGAUAGAUUAGUUGUAUAGUUUUUUUGCACGCCAAACAAUUUUUAUUAAAAUUACCAUGUGCGACGUUGCAAAAGUGCAAAAGAUUGCCCAUUGCCUGGGCGUGGCCCCCGGCAAGGUUCAGCUGAACGAGGAACAGGUCGUAACGCGCACAAGUGGCCAGAAGAAGAGCGUGGCUGGAUUUGCCACAAUUCUGGAGAGUCUAGCCAACGAGUCCAAGUCCGAGACGGCCCAAAACAGCAAGGUCUCGCGCGAAGUAGAGGCCCAGGUCUAUCAGUGGAUAGAGUUCUCUGUGCUCUACGUGGCUCCCGGCUCCAGGGAUCGGAAUGUGGCCAAGCAGUUGCUCGGGGACUUGAAUAAGCUGUUUGCCAGCAAAUCCUACCUGGUGGGACACUUCAUUACACUGGCCGACCUGGCUGUCUACUAUGCCAUUUAUGAUCUUGUGAAAUCCCUGUCGCCCGUGGAAAAGGAAGCCUAUCUGAACCUCUCCAGAUGGUUCGACCACCUGCAGAACCGUCCCGACGUCCAUCAGGGCGAACCCCUGCUCAACUUCACCACCAUCUACCUGCAUGGCUGGGCCACGGGAACACACAUCUAAGAAGCUGCACCUGCAGUCGCACUCGAGUCACAAUUUGAGAAACUUAAGUUAUUUAUUUCUAUUGCAUUUCACAAUAUAGUUUUGUGUGAUUAUCAUUUAAUGCCAAUGACAGUUCAGCGUUGGAAUAUAAAGUAUCGUUAUUGUAGCCC